CAUGUGCACCCGCCGGGGAUGGAGGACUCGGAGGCGGCGGCCCCGGCCCCGGCCCCGGCCCCGGCCCCGGCGUUGGCUGAGGAGGAGGAGGCGGAGGAGCCCUACAGACCGCACGUCAUUUAGUCCAUGAGGAGGAAUGACGACGACUCGGUGAGGAAACCUCCUCUCACUUACCCGGUCAUGUGCGCCACGCUGCCGCGGGCUGAGCCAUUCGUCUAGUAGGAUUUGCCCUGUGAAAUGGGGAGAAGACUAAGGGACCCCAAACAUCUCUUCAAGUUGUAGUUCGAUUUCUCGAUAUAGCUGUACAUGUAGCUUUGGACCUUGCGUUCCGUUAGAGCCGCCGAGUUGCCGGCCCGGGCCCGCCGGUGUAUUUUGACUGAUCAUCAUGGCUUCAGUUUGGAAGAGACUGCAGCGUGUUGGAAAACAUGCAUCAAAGUUCCAGUUUGUGGCCUCCUACCAGGAGCUGAUGGUCGAGUGCACCAAGAAAUGGCAACCGGAUAAACUGGUAGUCGUUUGGACAAGAAGAAGUCGAAGGAAAUCUUCCAAGGCUCAUAGCUGGCAACCUGGAAUAAAAAACCCAUACCGAGGGGUAGUAGUGUGGCCAGUUCCUGAAAAUAUUGAAAUCACUGUGACACUUUUUAAGGAUCCUCAUGCCGAGGAAUUUGAAGAUAAAGAGUGGACAUUUGUCAUAGAAAAUGAAUCCCUUUCUGGACGUAGAAAAGCUCUCGCCACUAGCAGCAUCAACAUGAAACAGUAUGCAAGUCCCAUGCCUACGCAGACUGAUGUCAAGUUAAAAUUCAAGCCAUUGUCCAAAAAAGUUGUGUCUGCCACUCUGCAGUUUUCUUUAUCUUGCAUUUUCCUGCGGGAAGGAAAAGCCACAGAUGAAGACAUGCAAAGCUUGGCCAGUCUGAUGAGUAUGAAGCAGGCAGACAUUGGCAAUUUAGAUGAUUUUGAAGAAGAUAAUGAAGAAGAUGAAGAGAACAGAGUGAAUCAGGAGGAAAAAGCAGCAAAAAUUACAGAAAUUGUAAACCAGUUGAAUGCUCUGAGCAGCUUAGAUGAAGAUCAAGAUGACUGCAUAAAACAAGCAAAUAUGCCUUCCGCUAAAUCAGCCAGUUCCUCUGAAGAGCUUAUCAAUAAACUUAAUUUUUUGGAUGAAGCGGAACAAAACUUGGCUAAUCCAUUUGGUGAUCCUGAUGUAGCUGAGUUAAAUCCAUUUGGAGAUCCAGAGGCUGAAGAACCCAGUCCUGAAACAGCUUCAUCUUCAAAACCAGAAGAAUCUUUUCGUAACAAUAGUUACAGUCCUUUUAAAGAGGUGGAGACACCACAGUACUUGAACCCAUUUGAUGAGCCAGACCCUGAACCCGAAACCGCAUUUGUUAGUAUCAGAGAUUCUCCUCCCCAACCUACAAAAAGGAAAAAUGUAAGGCCUGUGGACAUGAGCAAAUAUCUCUAUGCCGAUACCUCCAAAACUGAAGAAGAAGAGUUAGAUGAAUCAAAUCCCUUUUAUGAACCCAAACUGACUCCUACUCAGAAUAAUCGGGUUCCUCCAGCGCAAGACCUAGAAACUGAAAGAAGGAUGAAAAGAAAGGCCCCCGCCCCACCAGUCCUCUUGCCAAAGUCAGAAGGAGGAGUAAGUGAGAACACACUUGUUAUUUCUGCAGGGAGGGAGCUCUCCUCUUCUCCUAAGCUAAGCCCCAUCCCAAGUCCGGUUUUGGGGAGAAAGCCAAAUGCUAGUCAGUCUCUGCUUGUGUGGUGCAAAGAAGUUACAAAAAACUAUAGGGGAGUGAAAAUCACCAACUUUACAACAUCAUGGAGGAACGGUUUAUCGUUUUGUGCAAUAUUACACCAUUUUAGACCAGAUUUAAUUGACUACAAGUCCCUGAAUCCUCAAGAUAUUAAAGAGAACAACAAAAAGGCCUACGAUGGAUUUGCCAGCAUAGGAAUAUCCCGGUUGUUGGAACCUUCUGACAUGGUUUUACUAGCAAUUCCAGACAAACUGACUGUUAUGACUUAUCUCUAUCAAAUAAGGGCACAUUUCAGUGGCCAAGAAUUAAAUGUAGUUCAGAUAGAAGAAAAUAGCAGUAAAAGCACGUACAAAGUGGGUAACUAUGAAACAGACACCAACAGUUCUGUCGAUCAGGAAAAGUUCUAUGCAGAGCUUAACGACCUGAACCGGGAGCCUGAACUGCAGCCGGCUCUCAGCGGAGUAGUCGAUUUUGUGUCUCAGGAUGACUCCGUAUUUGUAAACGACAGUGGUGUUGGUGAGUCAGAAAGUGAGCAUCAGACCCCUGAUGAUCACCUAAGUCCAAGCACAGCUUCCCCCUCCUCUCGCAGGACUAAAAGUGAUGUGGAUCCACAAAAAUCCCAACAGAGCUCUGGAAGGGCUUCUGGAUCUGAGGAGGCUGGAUCAGGUACUAGUUCCGAUCCAGUACAGACCCAGUUCGCGUUGGAGAAGAAGAGACUGUUGAAAGCUGACACUUUAGAACUGAGUGAAUUGUCACUUGUUACUGAUCAAAGAAAAGAUGUGUGCCCACCGUUCGCAUGUGAGAUUAUUGACAGACAAAGGCACCAGAUUCCAGAAAGUUCUGGUAGUUUCUUGGAGCAGGAAAAACUGGAAUAUUCAGGAACCUCAGAGGGCAGAAGAUCGGAUCCUGAGUCACCAGUAAAAAAGACAAGUUUAUCUCCCACUUCAAAACUUGGAUAUUCCUACAACAGAGAUGCAGACCUUGCAAAGAAAAAGAGGGCUACUCUAAGGCACCUAGAGUCUAACUCCGAUUCUGAGAGUAGAAUAGCCUUAAAUAAUGCAGAUUAUUCUGCAAAAAUGACUCAGCAACGAAUAUUAUCAAGACAGGAAGAACUUAAAGAGCGGGCAAGAGUUCUACUUGAGCAAGCAAGAAGGGAUGCAGCUUUAAAAGCAGGGAGUAAGCAGAUAAUCAGUGCGUCUCCACCAGUCCGCAAUAAUCAACUGACUGAUCAGCAAGAUGAAGAGCGACGUCGGCAACUGAGAGAGCGAGCUCGUCAGCUAAUAGCAGAAGCUCGAUCUGGAGUAAAGAUGUCAGAACUUCCCAGCUAUGGUGAAAUGGCUGCAGAAAAGUUGAAAGAAAGGUCAAAGGCAUCUGGAGGUCCUUUAAGAUCUCCUGUUUUUGCCACUUCUGACCUUUCCUUUAUAUAUGAGGAUGAUAAUAUUGAGAUAGAUACUAAUGAGGCGAUUCCUGGAGACUUUGUUAUGGGAAGUGGAGAUGAACUUACUAACUUAGGAAAUGACCUUGAUUAUGCUGCUGAACAAAACAGUAAGUCAUUGGAUAUGAACCUGAAGAAGCUCCUAGAAACUCAGCCACAGGUGGACAAUUCAUUUUCCGGUGCGACUCAGAAAGCCGUAACUGAUAGCUCAGAGCAAGAUGUUAAGAAUGGCACAGAAGAUCCCCGAACAGAGAGAUUACAAAAAGCAACGGAACGUUUUAAGAAUCCUGUUGUGUUCAGCAAGGAUUCCACAGUCAGAAAAACUCAACUUCAGUCUUUCAGCCAAUACGUUGAGAACAGACCAGAGAUGAAAAGGCAAAGAUCAAUACAGGAAGAUACAAAGAGAGGAAAUGAGGAGAAGGCAGCGAUAACUGAAACUCAGAGGAAGCCAUCAGAAGAUGAAGUGCUUAAUAAAGGGUUCAAAGACACCAGUCAGUAUGUUGUAGGAGAAUUGGCAGCACUAGAGAAUGAGCAAAAGCAAAUUGACACCCGUGCCGCGCUGGUGGAGAAGCGCCUCCGCUAUCUCAUGGACACAGGAAGGAACACAGAAGAAGAAGAAGCUAUGAUGCAAGAGUGGUUUAUGUUGGUUAAUAAGAAAAAUGCCUUAAUAAGAAGAAUGAACCAACUUUCCCUUCUGGAAAAAGAACAUGACCUAGAAAGACGGUACGAACUGUUGAACCGGGAGUUACGGGCAAUGCUCGCAAUUGAAGACUGGCAGAAGACCGAGGCCCAGAAGAGGCGAGAGCAGCUGCUGCUGGACGAGCUGGUGGGCCUCGUCAACAAGCGCGACGCCCUCGUCCGGGACCUGGACGCCCAGGAGAAGCAGGCCGAGGAAGAAGACGAGCACUUGGAGCGAACCCUGGAGCAAAACAAAGGCAAGAUGGCCAAGAAAGAGGAGAAGUGUGUCCUCCAGUGACCGGCCUCACCUUUCCUCGCAAAGCCCCCGGCCCCAAGCCUGCCAACCGCAGCCUGUCGCCUAGCCGAUUUUCAAACUUUCCCAUUCUGUUCGGCCAGAAUGGACUCCACCUUCCCCUCCCCACCUCCAGCCCGUCCUUCCCCCGCGAAUAAUAUUAUUCAGAGAUAGCUUUGUAUCGGGAUUUUACUUGUGAGCUAGUCGUUUUUGUCGAAAUCACGUGAAAUAGAGUUGCACAGACACAUCGCGGGGGCUCUGGGUAUGGAAGAUGCUACGAGGAGGUGGAUUUUGGGGGGGUUGGCGUGGAAGAUGUCUUGGGGGGGGUGGGGAACGGCACCCCCCUCCCUCGACGUUAAGGAAAACAAAAGUCUGGUUUUUCUGUUCGUAAUUGCGUAGGUGAGGGUGGGGGUGGGAUGAGAAAAAUAUCAUGAAUGGUUUCAUCUAGUCCUGCCAUAUGUAAUACUUAAUAAGCUACCUAAAUUUUAUAGUUAGAUCACAUACAAUCAAAUUAUUAAUCUGUGCUCUAUUUACAAGUGGGGGGGCGGGGGGGGGUUUCCUGCGGUUUUACGUUUUACUGUAAGCAUAAUACCAGUUCAGUCCCUGUGAUUUGUCGGAGGAAGGUUCUAUAAAGAGAGACUGCAAAGGGCCCUGCGAUUUGAAGACGUGAUAGGAGAAGGGGCUAAUUGACACGCAUCGGUUUACAGAAGCGUUUCUUCAUCAAAGGAUCAGAGGCUGCGCCAUCUUUUAUUGAUCAUUAUUUAUUAUAUCUAGUUUGGUUCCCUCGUUUUGUUGGGUCUCUCUACAUUGGCUCAAGAAUGCUGUUAAUAUUUAUUCUGUAUCUAUAAAAGUCUACCCUUCCACCGUGUGCGAAUUCCCCCGUUAAUGUUUUCUUCUCUAGCAUAGUUCUGUCUCUUUUUUUGUGAAACGGUUACCUGUUUAUUUAUUAUAAUACUGUCACAUAUAAAUUUUCAAUAAAAACCGAAUCUUUCUUACCGUAAA